GAAGGUCAACACUUAAAAAAGACUCAUAUUCCGCGUCGACUAUAAUCGUACAAGAUCAGUGUCUCACAAUGUCGCCUACAGUCCUUCAUUUCAGAGCAGAGACCAAGCCAUUAGAGCAUCGCUCGGCAGUCACACCGACAAUCGCAAAGAAACUUGUCGAAGCUGGCUAUGAAGUCCACGUCGAACGAUCGCAGCUCAGCAUAUUCGCAGACUCCGAGUAUGAAGGCACUGGUGCUAAGCUAGUGCCUACUGGAUCGUGGACAGAGGCACCGAAGGAGCACAUUGUCAUUGGCUUGAAGGAACUCCCCGAGGAGGACUUUCCUUUGAAGCAUGUUCAUGUGCAAUUUGCUCACUGCUACAAAGGACAAGGUGGCUGGGACAAGGUUCUCAGUAGAUUUCCAAACGGCAGAGGCACAUUACUUGACCUUGAAUUCUUGGAAGAUGAGCAAGGACGAAGAGUCGCUGCAUUUGGCUACCAUGCCGGAUUUGCUGGUGCCGCACUUGCUCUCAUGGCCUGGUCUCACCAGCUCGUGCACGGCAAGGACAGCCCUCUUCCGGGAGUGACACCAUACGAAAACGAAGGUCUCCUUAUUUCCGAUGUCAAGAAGGCCAUCGAAGCUGGCAAGGCCAAGGGCGGUUGCCUCCCAAGAGUGCUCGUUAUUGGCGGACUCGGCAGAUGCGGUCGUGGUGCCGUUGACCUCUGUGUCAAGGCUGGCGUGGAAGACAUUCUAAAGUGGGAUCUUCCAGAAACAAGUGCCAAACCAGGACCAUACCAGGAGAUCAUCGAGUCUGACGUGUUUGUCAACUGCAUCUACUUGUCGGCCAAGAUCCCGCCCUUCAUCGACCAGGCAUCUCUCGCAUCGCCAAACCGCAAACUGUCUGUGGUCUGUGAUGUAUCCUGCGAUACCACGAACCCAAACAAUCCUAUCCCAAUCUACGACAUCAACACGACUUUCGACAAGCCAACGGUGCCUGUCAAGCUCUCCGCUGAGGCCAAUGAUCUUCCGUUGAGCGUAAUCAGUAUCGACCAUCUCCCAUCCUUACUGCCGCGAGAAGCUUCCGAAGCUUUCAGCUCCGCGCUGCUGCCCAGCUUGCUUCAAUUGAACGACUGGAAGAACGCACGUGUUUGGCAACAAGCCGAGAAGCUGUUCAAGGACAAAUGCGCCACUCUCCCAGAAGGCGCAAUCGAUAGCCAUGCCGAGCUUCUUGCUUCGCAAUCUUGAUUAUCCAGGCCCUUAAGUUGCAAGAAAAGCUGUAGAUAGACUAUGCUGCACGCAAAGUGCAUGAAAGCUUGAAUCGCCAGGUCGAAGAUGUGAUACAAGCAUCAAUCAUAAGUACGGCAAUGCAACAGUCAGUUGCCACUUCUGACCCACACUGCAGAUAUCCCGCGGCCUUCCAUUAGCCGUACCACCACAAGCUCAAAUUAAGAGAAAUCUUCAUGUCACUGACUCAGCCAUUGCAUCCUCUUUAACGGAUCAGCGUGGCACGAAGGUCGGAAAUACGCAUCCAGCAGCUCCCUCCAGUCGCACCAAGCUCCUUUGCUGGACGUAACCAGCUUCGGCAUUCUGACAGUCUUCAACUCUCCAUCAGCGCCCAGCCGAAUUCCCCAUUCCACCUCGUUUCCCAAGCCCCCGGCCGAGAUCUGGUUCCACUUCUCCCAAGCACGUUCAUGACAAGAUUCUGGCAGGAUUGUGAUCUUGUCGAAGAGAGCAUACUGUGGAUUGUGCUUGCAGAUGGAACUGAAGCCAAGUGUGACGCGGGCUCGAACAUCAUACCAGCGAUAGUGUGUACCCGAGCCAAGUGUGUAAUUCAGACAUAUCGUGAAAUUUGGUAUCGUUUGUGAUUGCACAACAUCUUCGGCUAGAGCUUGGAAUCGCUUAUUCACAUGCCGAACUGACAGCCAAAGAUCUUCGGACGAAGUGUGAUGGAGGAUCUCGAGCCAUAGCUCUUCUGGAAGUGGAGGACAUUCGAUUGGCAACAGGUUGAGGAACAUUGUUGUUGAAGCAAUGUAG